AGUAGCGGUGUUUCCGAACGUUCUGACAGCUAGUGGCAGCUAUACUCUCCACAUCAAUUCAAGUGUUUUGUGUAUCAAAGAAAUAUUCACAUUUAUAUUCCCCCCAAAAAAAGAAAAAAAGAAAAUUUAUCAAAAUUCCUACUAUUUUCAUUAAUUGCCAAAUAUUUCAUUCAUCAAGUGCAUUAUGUUACGAAUUCACACAAAGACAUUACUACCAGUGUUUACCUAAGAAUUUUAUAUACAGUUAUUACACAUUUUCUCCGUAAAAUACGUGUGUGUGUGUGUGACUCAAUGAUUUUGAGAUUCUAAAUAGUGGAUUUUAGCAUUUCUUUGUCGAAAUGUGGAGUCCAACUCACGUUCAAGUUACAGUUCAAAGAGCCAAAGGAUUGCUCACCAAAGGAAAACACAAAACCAACGAUUGUUUCGUGACGAUAUCGCUUGGCAAAGAAAAAUAUCAAACUUCAGUGAAAGAAAAGGCAAGUGAAAAUGUCGAAUGGCACGAGGAAUGCGAACUACAAAUUCCACAACAAGGAAACACUGCCGAAAUUGUCCUAACAGCACUUCAUCGCAAUUUUCUAGGAGUCGACGAAUUUCUCGGAGCAAUUAGCAUACCCCUUUCCACAUUCGACGUCUACGAGAGACCCAAAAACAGAUGGUACACAUUGAGGAGCAAACCAGGUAAAGAGAACACUAAGGAAAGAGGUGAACUCGAGGUGAAAAUUGGCUUCAUCGUGAAAGCAGGAAGUCUAACAGAUCUAACGAGGAAGGAACGUCACAAAAGCUCCCUGGGACAAUUGUCGACAGCCGCACAAUCAAUCGGUGGCAGUUUAUUAAGCAUUGGCAGUCUCGAGAAGAGAAAGGGUUUGAAAAAACUCGCAAAAUCGAUAGGCAACAAAGUUAAAGGCAAAAGUAAAAAUAAACUCGAUCACGAUGAAUUGGACGAACGAGACGAACAUCAUUUUCGACCCACUAGACAGGAACCUGGUGAAGCUGAUCCAGGCGUCAUCAGUGAAGACGAGGACGAAUUUACAUUCGAUGACCUGUCUCACAAGAGUUCGGCGUCAUCUCUAAAUGCCCCGACAAUAGCGAAUCCAACUGGGAAUUCUAAUAAUACCUUAAAUACGACAAAUUCAAGCAACACAUCACAAAAAGUUCAAGCCAUCAACGAAAUAAAUUCGUCGACUCCAAUUUCAAAUGUUGCACCAAAUAAACCGCCACGAACGGCAAUCAAUAAUUCGCCGCUGAUUAAAGGAGAAAAUCAAGAAGAAGACGAAUGGGGACUUAAGCUUUAUGGAAAGCAAGGUGGCAAUGCUCUAAAAAGAUGGGAGAAUAAAUCAAAUCCUAGAAUUGUAGUUGACGAGGCAAGAAAUGAGAAUCGUGAAAUGUCACCAGUUUCCUCGCCGUUGCCAACUUCGAGAUUUAGAGAUACGCCAGAGCCGCCAAAUCCGGCUCCUCGUGAGAUUUCUCUUCCGAAAAAUAAUAAAGAGGAUAAAUCAAAUAAAAGUCCAAAGGAUGAGAAAUCAAUGACUCGAAGUCCAAAGGAGGAGAAAAUUUUCAAGAAAGAUAAGAAAAAGGAGAAAGAACAUAAAUUCAAGGAACAUAAUAUUGAAGACGGACGUUCGUCGUCCGAGAGAAUUAUCAUUGGCGGUGAGGACGCUACGAAAAAUAUUAAUAACAAAAGUCGAUUGCCACAUGAAGUACUUGCCAAAUUCGAAGGAAAAUCGAGAGAAGACUUAAUAGAAAUGACACUUCAACUACAGUCGGAGGCGGCAAACAACGAAAAACGUCUUCACGAUUUAGAGAACUACAUCGACGCCCUACUGCUUCGAGUAAUUGAAUGUUCUCCACGACUUUUGCAGAACCCUUUUCAAACUCAAAGACGUCUUUCGUCGCCAGGACAUCAAUCUCCACGUAAGACUGAGUCAACAACGGCAGGCGCUGUAGUUUUGUAUGUAUCGCAAGAAACUUGGUUAAAGUCAAUUUUGGAUCGUAACGCACCUCGUAAUUCAAAUGUCGAAUCUUCCGAUGAAGAGGAUAUUACUGAUUUUCAAUUUGAGGACGAUCUCGAUUAUCUUCGUUCGCUGAAUCCAAAGGAAUGGAAAGAUCAGGAUCAUUAUGCAGUGCUGGGAAUUUCGAGUCUUAGGCAUAGGGCGACUGAGGAUAUUAUUAAACGAGCUUACAAACACAAAAUUCUGAAACACCAUCCUGACAAGCGUAAGGCAAUGGGAGAAGAUGUUCGUGCGGACGACGAUUAUUUCACGUGUAUAACUCGUGCUUGGGAAACAUUAGGAAACACUACCAAAAGAAGAAGUUACGACAGUAUCGAUCCAUAUUUUAAUGAUGAUCUGCCGGACGAAAAGGAGGCAAAGGACAAUUUUUACCAAAUUAUGGGCAAAGCUUUUAAAAUAAAUUCAAGAUGGUCGGUGAAAAAAAUUGUACCCCGUCUUGGAAAUCCCUGCACAUCAAGGGAGGCAGUGGAAAAAUUUUAUUCUUUCUGGUACGAUUUUGAAUCAUGGAGAGAAUAUUCAUAUCUCGACGAAGAGGAUAAAGAAUCCGGACAGGAUCGCGAUAUGCGUAAAUGGAUCGAAAAGAAGAACAAAGCAGCGAGAGCAAAACGAAAGAAGGAGGAAAUGACCAGAAUACGCUCAAUGGUUGACAUGGCGUACAAUUUAGAUCCGCGGAUAAAAAUGUUCCAACAACAAGACAAGGAUCGAAAGAAUGCAGUAAAACGAGCGAAGCAAGAAGCCAUAAAAGCCAAACAAAUGGAGGAGGAACGUAUUGCGCGAGAAAUGGCCGAGAAGGAAAAACAAGAGAAAGAAAAACGCGAUUUAGAAGAAAAAGCAAGACAAGAUGCCCUCAAACAGGAGCGAGAAGCCCAAAAGAAAGCCUUACGUAAAGAACGAAAAGCCCUAAGAGAUUUAUGCAAAUCGAAAAAUUAUUUCGCCGAAAACACCGAGGAAAGUAUUCGACAUAUGGAGAGUGUCGAAAAAAUGUGCGAACUCUUCAAAUUAGUUCAAUUAGAAGAAACAAUGAAAAAAUUGCAAGCCAACGGUAAGAGUGCAUUUUUAACAAUAAUUGCCGAAACUGAGCAAAAAAUUGCAGCCGAAAGAAGAAUUGGUACAGUGCCUGAUUCCAAGAAUACACUUGAAAAACAGGUCAAGACAACAUGUGCACCAUGGUCCGAAAGUGAUUUACAACUUUUAAUAAAAGCCGUGAAUUUAUUUCCCGCCGGUACAAAUCAACGUUGGGAAGUUGUGGCAAAUUUUAUUAAUCAACAUAGUAAUAAUGCCAAUAAUGUGAAACGUGAUGCCAAGGAAGUUCUGGCAAAAGCCAAGGAUUUACAGUCGACUGACUUUAGUAAAUCGAGCCUCAAAGAGCAGGCAAAUAAAAAGGCAUUCGACAAUUUUAUUGCCGAUAAAAAAGUCAAAGAUAAUAUCGAGGAAAAAAUGCCAGCAGUAACCGAGAGAUUGGAUCCAAUUUCAAAUGGUAUCACGACGAACGAUGAUAAGGAGUCCAAAAAGGAAAUGCAACCGUGGACCAUUGCUGAACAAAAACUACUCGAGCAAGCACUGAAAACUUUUCCUACCACUGUGCCCGAUAGAUGGGAUCAAAUUGCCAGUUGUAUACCUUCAAGAACAAAGAAAGAGUGUAUGAAAAGAUGCAAGGAAUUGGUAGAACUUGUUAAAGCAAAGAAGGCCGCUCAAGAUUUAAAAUAAUGUUAACUUUUAUUUAAAAUUAGAAUUGUCCUAUAAUUUAUUAAAUGACAAAGAAAAAAGCAUUACCGGUGGAUGUCGUUUCCUCCUAGGGAGUAAUAGAAUUUAUUCUCAAUUGCAAACACUGCGAAUGAAUCGCAAUUAUUUAAUUCAAAUGACAUUUAAAAUGAAAAGUGUUAUAUAUGCGAUCAUUGUCCACGAGACCGCAGAUGCUUUAUACAAAAAAAAAUGAAAUUUUCCCGCGAGUAAGAAAAUUUCAAUAAUAACGCGACAUUGCUUAUUUCGAUACUUUAAAUAGUAAAAAGAAAAAAGUGUUGAUAUGGAAUUUUUUUUUAACAUCAGAAGUCUAAAGCGCUUGGAAACAAUUCUUUUUUUAAAUUAAAAAACAUAAUUUUGCUUUCUCACCUGAAAGCUUUGAUUUUAAAAUUUUUUUUUUCAAAUGAAAUUAGAAUGUGAUAAUCAAUUUAUUUUUUUGUAACAAAAAUUUCCAGCUAAAAAGACUAUUUUGACAAAGUGAUAAAUUUCUUACUAUGGAAAUCUACGAAUUAUUUUCAAUUUAUGACAAUUAUUUCAAGUGUUGACAAAAAAUUAAUUAAUUACCUUAAAAAAAAUAUUGAAAUUGACGAGAAAAGAAAAAUAGGGAAAUUGUUACAUUGAACAAUUGAAAAUGUUUUCAGAAAAAAGAGGAACUUUCUUUUAAUGGAUUCAUAAUAUAAUAUGUUUUUUAUACAAAAUAAUACACAGUUAUAUAAGAUAGUUGAAAUCCUUAUAUUUUAAUUUGACACAUUUUCGACAACAACAUCAACAACAACAAGUUUUGUGUUAGUUUUUUUUUUCGUAUUCGACAAAAUGCUAUUCACAGUUCCUUCAGCGUAAUCCCCUCGAAAAUUUGUUUGUUUUUUCUUUUAAAUAAUAAAAUGUAAAUUUAAUAACAAGAAAAAUAUAGUGAACUAAAAUUAUUGUUUAAAUUUUA